AUAAUAAGUGCUAGUUGUCUUUUUUUUUUUUUAAUUAGUGAACUGCCCAUUCUCCCAGCUUUUUCCACAGCACCAUGGGGCUGUGACUCUGUCACCCAGAGGCCCCCACUUCCCUCCUCUCUUCCUUAAACAGAGCUCUGACUUUCUGAUAUUGCAUUUCCUGAGACGUUAGAGGGCACGGCUGAGCCCUGGCUCCUACUUCUGCUCCAGCCGAGAUCUGCCCACCAUGAUCCUGGUGCUGAUCCUGCUGCUGCUGGCCCUCUGGCCUCUGUGUGAUGCAGACGGCACGCCAACUGUCCCCCCAGCCUCAUACCCCAAGCCGCGGCUAGGGGCUCAGCCUGCCGCAAUUGUAACCCCUGGGGUCAACGUGACCUUGAGUUGCCGGGCACCUCAACCUGCCUGGAGGUUUGCACUCUUCAAGUCUGGAAGGAUCAUCCCUGUGCUGUACCGGGGCGUGUCCAUGGAGCUGGCAGAGUUCUUCCUGGAGGAGGUGACCCCAGCCCAGGGGGGCAGUUACCACUGCUGCUACCGGAGGCUAGGCUGGGGUCUGGGUGUCUGGUCCCACCCGAGUGAUACGCUGGAACUGCUUGUGACAGACGAGCUGCCGCGCCCGUCGCUGGUGGCGCUGCCCGGCCCGGUGGUGGCGCCCGGGGCCAACGUGAGCCUGCGCUGCGCGGGCCGCCUGGGGGGCAUGAGCUUCGCGCUGUACCGUGUGGGCGAGGCGGCGCCAGUGCAGUACCGCCGCUCGGCGCAGCCCUGGGCCGACUUCCCGCUGCGCGGCGCCCGCGCGCCGGGCACCUACAGCUGCUACUACCACACGCCGUCCUCCCCGUACGUGCUCUCGCAGCGCAGCGAGCCGCUGGUCAUCAGCGCCGACGGCUCAGGCUCCUUGGACUACACACAGGGCAACCUCGUCCGCCUGGGGCUAGCUGGCCUGGUGCUCCUCUCCCUGGGCACGCUGGUCUUUUUGGACUGGCGCAGCCGGAGUCGCAUCCCAUGUAGUAUUCGGCCCUGAGUCCUGGAGGACUGGAUAUAGACGCCCUGAAGCGUGAGAAGACUUUCCAGAGGUGGCGAGAAGAAGCAGGGAUUCCCGGGGUUGGACCGGCCCUUGCAAGAGCCCACAGUUGGGCUGAGCCCAGCUGCUGAAUAAUAAUCUGCUUCAUACUGUGUGUUCUCCCUCCCUUCUGGGCCAGUACCUCCUAGAUCCGUGGAAGGCUCUACCCGUGGUUAAGGCUUCCCAGUCACAAGGCCUGGGUUCGAUUCCCAGUGCUGCUGCCUCCUCACUGGGAUACUAGGAAGAUGACCUUUGCCAAGUCUUAGUUGCCUGGACUGUAAAAUGGGCUCACUGAUAAUACUCACUUCCUAGGAUUAUUGUAGGAUUAAGUGGGCAACACGCACAAAGCCCUUAAAAGCGACUGGCCCAUAGCAAACGCUCAAUAAAUGUUAGCUAUUGGAUGAGUGUGGUUUCUACUCAAGGCUCAGGGCUGGAAUGAAGUCACAGUCUUUUUUUCCAUGGUGCCAGCUCCAGCUCACCUUGUAAGCAAUUCGCUGCCUCUUCCUUCGUGACAUCAUUCCCGGUCGCCAAGCAAACCUUUUUCAAACCCCUGCUCAGACCUUCCCCAAAGGUGGGCCAAGGUCAGAUCAAGUGGAACUUCUCUAAUUACAGCUUCAUUUGCAUGCACUGCAGACUGGUUUCUUGAGCCGUCAUUAGGAUUAAGAGGCAUCCACUGCCAAGGCAACAGCAAGGGCGGUGUGCACAGACCUUUGACGUGGACAUUAACACAUUGCACCUGGCCUGUUGCCCCGCUGGCUCUUGGCUGCCUUCGAGGUUGUCAAAAUAACAUAAACCGUUCCUCACGCAGCCUGCUUGCUCUCUCCUCUUACCUCUCUGGAAGGCCUGACUACAUUCAAGUUUCUCCUGUAAAAUGGAAUGGAAAAUGGUGGAAUAGAGGGGUGGCCUGAAGCUCCCCCCUAGUCAUACGGGAAGUCAGUGGCGCAUCAGGGAGGCUCCCCCUGACUUUGUGCUUCCACUCAUUUCUGGUUCCUUUGCUUUUCAACCACCCUCUCACUCAUUUCUCGUCAUCCAUCCACCUGCUCAUUGAUUCUCACCCUUCUUUCCUUCCAUCCCUCCGUCCCCUUUGCACUUGCUCUCAUUGGAUUUUCUAUCCUUUCUUUUGCCCUUACCCAUCAUUUAUUCAUUCUUACACCCAUUCCUCCCUUUAUUAAUCAGUUAAUCAGCUUAUUAAUCCAAUCACCUAUUUACUAUACUUAUUCAGUAUCUAUCAACCAACCGAUGCAUUUAAUUCUUUUUUAAAGAUUUUGGGGGGCGCCUGGGUGGCUCAGUCAGUUAAGCCUCCGACUUCGGCUCAAGUCAUGAUAUCAGGGUUCGCUGGUUCGAGCCCUGCAUCAGGCUCUGUGUUGACAGCUCAGAGCCUGGAGCCUGCUUCGGAUUCUGUGUCUCCCUCUCUCUCUGCCCCUGCCCAGCUCACACUCUGUUUCUGCCUCUAAAAAAUGAAUAAAAAAACAUUUAAAAAAUUAAAAAGAUUUUGGGGCACCUGGGGGGCUCAGUUGGUUAAGUGUCCGACUUUGGCUCAGGUCAUGAUCUCACGGUUUGUGGGCUGGUGCCCCGCAUAGGGCUCUGCGCUGACAGUUCAGAGCCUGGAGUCCCUCUCUCUCUCUGCCCCUACCCACUUCGUGCUCUCUCUCUCUCUCUC